CAAAGUCACACCUGCUGCCAGAAGUCUGUGUACAAGGAUAACAUUCAGCUUAAAUUCAUAACAUUGACAACAGCAAAAUCAUGGUUCUGCAGGGCGAGGAGAAGAUGCCUCAACCCAAGGUGAAGCUGGUGGUGACAGGAGAUGAUUUUGGGUACUGCGAGAGAAGAAAUCAAGGGAUUGUGGACUGCUUUAAAGCUGGUGGGAUCUCUAACGUCUCUCUUCUGGUCAAUGCAGUCUCAGCGGAGCACGCGGCAGACCUGGCCAAAAGGAAUCACAUCCCCAUUGGGCUCCAUGCGAAUCUUUCAGAGGGUCUUCCAGUGUCUCGGGAUCUAAAGGGCUCCACGCUCCUCAACAAGGAUGGAUUCUUCCAUGGCAAGAUGGGCUUCCGGGAAGUUUUGCAGUGUGGUCAUCUCAAGAUGUCAGAGGUGGAGGCAGAGCUCAGAGCCCAGGUAAAUCGAUUUUGUGAACUUAUUGGCCACGAACCCUAUCAUAUGGACGGCCACCAGCAUGUGCACGUGGUGCCAGAGGUGCGAGAGGUGUUCGCCCAGGUUCUCUCCGAUUUUGGGAUCACCUACACACGGGUCCCCAUAGAACCCGGUCUUAAAUUUUGCACCUUCCUCCCGCCACAUCUGCGAGACUUCAAUGCACAGGUUGAAAAAGAUGCCCUUGAAUCUAUGGAGGUCUUUCAUCGCUAUGGAAUUAGAUGGCCUGAUGUAUACCUGGGCCUGAGCACCAUGGGUAAAAACAUGUCUGUCCCCAACCUGAAACGUGCUUUGGGCUUCACGCUGGACACUUCACUAGAUGAUGCUGUGUCCUCUUCAUUGAUACAGUGCAAUGAUGCUGUGACUGACUCCUAUCGUCCGGUUACAGCAGAGCUUAUGGUGCAUCCAGGAUAUCCGAGUCAGCCUCACCAGGGCGGAUGUGGAGAAGGACCAGAUGACUUCUCACAGUCUGCAGACCGACUACAUGAGCUUAACACUUUGAGUGACCCUUUUGUUCUUAACUACUACAGGCAACAGGGGAUCCACCUCUGCGCCUUUAAAGACUUUUAAACCCUUAGGCCAGAGUAUUUAAGGUUUGGCACACUGAAUGUCUUCUGCUUUAAGGAAACAAUAUCUUACCCAAGCCAAGCACUUAUAUGACUAAUUGAGGUAUGGGUUAAGGCAGAAAAUCAGAAUUCGAAAGCCCAUAUAAAAUGUGUUUUGAAGCUGCUUCUUCAAGAAGAGCUUAAACAACUGAAUUAUACUUAUUCUUCAACAGGAACACAAGAUACGAUUAGAUUGACCUCUUUUUAAAUUUCUCAACUAGACUUUUUAUUUAAAUUUUAAUGCAGCUAGCCAUUUCAACACAGAGAGCUGUAUCCUUAUACUAGGAAACUGCAAUUUUAUCUGGACUUGUUUCUAAAAAUGUUGCCUCAUUUGUGCAAGUUUCUCUAAAAAGCCAUAUAUUAAUAUUGUAUAGAACUGUAAAAUCCAACAACAACGCCAUAUUUAAGACUUUAUCGUACUAGAUGAAGAUUUGAACUCAACUGAACAUGUAGCAAUUACUUUAUUUAAAAAUCAAAGGUAUUUUUGGGUACAAUGUUUUUAAUGAAUAUAUUUAUUAUUUUUUUAUGAACCUGAAAAAAAAACAAAAACAAAAAAAACCUACUCUGGAUUUCUUUCUGAAAUGUAAAAAUAACUUUGGAACAAGUAUUACGAUGGUUGAAGUGAUUUAAGUUUAAAAAAAUUAUUAGAUAAUUAUUAUACGAGCACAGCAAAUUUGCUGCCCAAUAUUUUGUGUGUAAAAUAGGCCUACUAGUAAACACUUGUAACGAUAUUCAAACCGAACCAAAAAACACGUAGGCCAAAAGUCGGCCUACACCAAUCACAGUAUGUACCACGAUACUCUCUUGAUAUCCCACCCCCUGCGUAUGUUUUGGCACAUAUAACCAUAAGUAAUGUUGUCCAAUGACUUGUUCGCAUUAUUUUUUUUUUAAGGGAAUACCUUUUUGGUGAACUUUACAAAGCAACUAAUUUUAAAAAGUCAUGUGUUAAUGCAUUAAUUAACAUGGACCGAGAGCAAUUAUUACUAUUAUGAAGUUAAAAGUGAAUCUUGUGUUCUUUAGCAUUGCUGGUGUCAUGCCAUGAGCUCUACCCCCACAGCAAACAGAACCGAACCAUGGAUCCAAAACCAUGAUAUGAACCGCAUUGGUAUAUCGUUACACCUCUAGUAAACACUAGAACAUGCUUAAACCAACCAGUUGCAUCAUAGGAGUACAUUUGUACACGGAGCACCCAUCCUAUUGAAACAUUCAUUCAGAACUAGGUCAAAAUAGCCUUUAUUUGGAGAGUUCACCGUUUUGUCACAUAUUAGGUUUGACCGGUUUAUAACCUGUAUGUUAAAUUCAGGCUAUUAUGACAUUUCAGAAUAAGCUGCAAUUGAAGCAACAGUUUGGGGUUUAAGUAGUAGUCCUCAUAAAUAUAUUACUAAUGCUAAUAUAUUAAGGUUUAAAAAUUAAAAAAAUCACUAAAUGUUCAAGCUCAGAUUUGAUUCCACACACAAAUCCAUAAUGCGGUUUUAAAACAGGGAAUUCCAGAAAAGCAACUGGAUUGGUUCAUUUUAAUAUGAAAACUCUAAUCAAAAGUGAAUUUAGCCAAUGUUUGAGUAUGCCUGGUCGUCCUUUUUUUUUUUUUUUUUUUUUUUGGUACACAGUGUGGAGCAUUUUUAAAGUCUGAUACUGGAUGAAAAUAAAUUUUCAACAAUAGAUGAAAACACUGGGGCUUAUUUGAGGCGUGUUUGCAAGAGACUUCACCCAAAUCCAUAAG